AUGUCCUAACACACUACGAUCCACAACUAAGCAUCCUCCUGGCUUGUGAUGCUUCUCCAUAUGGUGUGGGAGCUGUCAUUUCCCAUGUCUUUCCCAAUGGCUUUUGCAUCCAGAACACUGAGUAAGGCUGAACAGAACUAUGUACAAAUUGAGCGAGAAGCCCUUGGGAUAGUGUUUGGGGUCAGGAAGUUUCAUCAAUACCUAUAUGGACGGAAAUUUACUCUCUUCACAGACCAUUGUCCACUGACAAGAAUCUUUAGCCCAGAGAAAGGGGUACCGUCUAUGGCAGCUGCCAGAAUGCAGAGGUGGGCAUUAAUAUUAGCAGCCCACAAAUACACCAUAGAAUAUAAGAAGGUUGCUCUAAAUGUCAAUGCUGAUGGGCUUUCUCGUUUGCCCUUACUACUCAAACAUAAGGAGAGCCAGAACACAGUUGACCUUUUUUACAUAAAACAAAUGGAAUUACUACCGGUGAGUAGUGCGGAAAUUCGUAGAGAGACCAUGUUGGACCCUACAUUGUCUAAACUAAUGGAUGUGGUGUUGCUGGGACAUUUUCCUAAACAAUUGGGGGAUAAUGAUGACUUACUGCCUUUCAUCAACAGACAAAUGGAGCUUACUGUACAACAAGGAUGCCUGAUGUGGGGGAGCAGAGUAAUUGUGCCCCCUAAAUUGCGCCCUCGUGUUUUGUCAGAGCUACAUGUCAGCCAGCCAGGUAUAGUGAGGAUGAAGUCCUUGGCACGCAGUUAUGUUUGGUGGACAGGGAUCGACAGCCAGAUUGAGCAACAAGUACACAACUGCCAGUCAUGUCAGUGUGUUCAAAAUCUUCCAAGCCCUGUGCCCCUCCACCCAUGGAUAUGGCCAAGUGGGCCUUGGCAGAGAAUUCAUGUUGAUAUUGCUGGGCCUUAUGAAGGCCAUAUGUACUUAGUAGUAGUCAAUGCCCACUCAAAGUAGCCUGAGGUUCAACUAAUGGAUAGUGUCACAACUAGUAAGACUGUUCAUGUCAUGAGGACCCUUUUUAGUCGCUAUGGUAUACCUGAAGUCCUUGUUAGUGACAAUGGCCCACAGUUCAUUUCUGAAGAAUUUGCACAUUUUAUGAAAAAUAACCAUAUUAAGCAUAUAUGAUUUGCUCCCUAUCAUCCA